AUGUCCUUCUCCAAAGCGCGCGGUGCCUCGCUCCAUCGUUCCACUGAAGUACGCGAACGCGGGCUGCAUUCCGGUGGGCCUACACGGCAUCCCGAUUAUUAUCUGGAAGAUGGCAAUCUCGUGAUUUUGGUCGAGAAGACACUCUUCCGAGUGUUUCGCUCGACAUUCACCCGGCACUCUCCAGUGUUUCGAGACCUAUUCAGCCUCCCCAACCCAGAAGGCUCUACCUCAGAAGGUAUGGAUGACGCGAAUCCCGUGCAGCUUUCUGGAAUAUCCCCUGUGGACUUCGAACGUCUACUCUGGGUUCUGUAUCCUCUAAAUUACGCUCAUCCGAGAGCCGGUACCCUGGCCGAAUGGACGUCCAUUCUAAGCCUCGCAACACGCUGGGAAUUCAGCUCAGUACGCACGCUUGCAAUACACCACAUCCAAAGCCUGCCCUCCGCCUUCGCCUCCCCCCUUUCUCCCCCCACGCCCUCGCCCGUCUCCACUUCCCCAGAUCGGCGGCCCUCGAAGGCCACCUCCACCCCCGUCUUUCCGCUCGACGCCAUCCUCCUCGCUCGCGCCUACGACCUCCCGCGCGACCGCUGGCUCCUCUCCGCCUACACCGCGCUCUGCACGCGCCCCGCUCCGCUCACCUCCGCGGAGGCGGCGGGCCUCGGCGCCGAAGACACCUCGCGGGUCGCGCGUGUGCGCGAGGCGCUGCGCGCGCGCGAGGCUGGCUCGCGGCUGGGCGGGUACUGCGCCCCGACAGUGAGUUCCGCGGCACGCGCCCGGUUGAGCGCGGGUGCUGGGACCGUGACGGGAGGAAGGGGCGUUUUGGACUGGAGCGGGAGCGGCCGGGGAGCGACCCCGGCGCCCCGACCUGCGACGGUGCUGGGUACGCGCGCGUCGCCGUUCGCGAAGGGGUCGCCGCCUUCGACGUCGAGGAGUCCGACGGCGUUUCCGGGACCUGCGCGACUCGUCGCGGAGACGUUUGAAAUUAGCUGCUUGUGA